CCUGAAGUGAAUGGAAAGUCUUGCACUUCUCCUUGUCCCAGCGAGCAGGGGAACGAUGCCUCUGCAGCCACUGUUGCAAAACCUCUUCUCUCUACCUCCACUCCAAAGGAGUCAAUAUCCAAACAAUCAGUGGAGUCAGCAGGACCAGCCAGGAAAAAGGAAACAUCCCCUGGGGCUUCAGAACUGGGGUUUCCCAAAGCUCAUCCCGACCAGCCCAGCGCUGCAGCCUCGCCCUUCAAAAUCCAGAAGGUGAAAACAUCAGAGCUGAGAUCCUUCACCAGCAUGCUGGGAUCAGACCCCACCAGUUCCCUGGGCACAGAAGAGCAGCAGGAAGGAGAAAAGAGCACCUCCAGUGCCCGUGGACUGAACCACAACGGGUCAGAGACAGCAGAGGAAAAACUGGAGGUGAUUUCUGACUCCGAAGAUGCCAACGAAAUUCCUGAGUGGCUGAAAGAGGGAGAAUAUGUCACAGUUGGCACCAAUAAGACGGGCACUGUUAGGUACAUUGGGCCCACAGACUUCCAGGAAGGAACAUGGGUUGGUGUGGAGCUGGAUUUGCCUUCAGGCAAGAACGACGGCUCCAUCGGGGGGAAGCAGUAUUUCAGGUGUAACCCGGGCUAUGGAUUGCUGGUGAAGCCGGGCAGGGUCAGGAGGGCCGCGGGCCCCGCGCGGCGCCGCAGCUCCGGCCUGAGGCUGCAGGGAGCGGAGAACAGGAGGAGCGGGAACUUCUCCGGGUCAGCCUCCAACCUGGCCUCCCUCACAGCCCUGGCCAAAGCAGAAGGAGGAUCCACUCUGAGACUGGAGAAGAGCCAGAAGAACGCAGAGAACCGAAAAUCUUGGGCAAACUGAGAGAUCCCAGCCCAGCAAACGCCCUGGGAUGCGGCCGGGGGAGCCGGUGGCUUUGGGAAGCGAAACCAACCGUCCCAACUUCCAGUUGGUGGCAAACACUAAUGAAGGGUUUGUUCUCUCUGCUCUGGGUGAUUGACAUGAUAAUUCUUUGCCUCGUCGUGGUGCUGGAUCCUUCAUUUCCUGUCCCAAAUCCUGACGCCUCUGGGGGCAGCUGACGGCAGCCGGUUCCAGCGCGCGGCGCUGGGUGGGUGUAAUGAGCUCCUUCUCUUCCUCCUUUCAGAGGAAAAUCGGUCAAACCACAGAUUCCCAACAGCCUCAAAAUCCUCCCCAGGCACCAGUGCUUCCAUGGAAGUGCUGGGCAGUUCUUGAAGAGCCUCCCCACAGCAACAGCUCUGUUGUAAUUCCAUAAGAGCUGUGUCAGUAUCGUGUAAUCCGCCGUGAAAGGGCAAGGUGGGAAUGAUUCCAGACGGGCAGAAAAGUGAAAGCAGAACUUUGUUUGGAGAUAAAGAACCCCUAAAGUCCCUUUAUUUACAGAAGCAGCAGCCCUUGGGUUAUGAGGCUGGGCCCAGUGCCUGUUUGGAUCACUGCCCCGUUAUCCCACUCUCCUGUGGAAAGCAGUGUGGUCUUCCCCGCUGGUUUGUUGGGAAUGGGAGAAAGCCCAUGGCCAGCUCUGUCUUAUUUUUGAUUUUUGGUCCAUUUAAUGUUUGCUCUCACCAUGACAGGAUCCCCUCUCUCACUUGCCCCAGAGUGGCAGGACCUUCUCCUUGGCUCCUCCCUGUGGGCCAAGAGGAUUUUAGCAGAGGUGUCAGCACUGAAGUGCUCUCCUGUUCCCACCCAGCCUUUGGAGACACUCGGAAUUUUGCCAAGCAGGGUGUCUCUGUCCUCAUAACAGGAUCAAUCCAGUCUAUUUAUUUUUAUUUAUUCUUUUAAAACAUGAAAUGUUUGCGCUUUACAAUCAUCCCCCACAGAGGAGCUCUCCCAGCACCAUCCCGAGCGCCAAUCCAAAGAGGAGGUGCCUCUG